UCCUUAGUAAACGUAUGAAAGCGAUAAAUUACAGAACGUGUGACGUAUAGCCAAGUAUGGCGGUCACUCGCAGUCAGUCGCAGUCGUCGCCGCAACCACACGCGUGCUGGUGUUGCCCUAACGAGACCAUUAUAAACACGACCGCGCGCGAAAUUGUCAUAUUCUCUUAAUGACUCAAUUCUAUUGUUCAGUGAUAAUAAUCAUAAACACACACAUACAAACAAUCAUUGUCAUAGACAAGUGCUACUGAAGAAACAAUUCUCCAAAUAUCAUAAUAAAUUUUGUUGACGUUAAAAUAAAGAAUGUUGGUCAAGGAGCGUUUAAUAAAGUGGAAAACAUCGGCGAUAAGAUAAAGCUAUAAUACCUCGACAAUAAAUGUUAUCGCGACUCGCGCUAGGGUGCAGUUCGAGAAGAGCACAGUGCAAAAAUUGCGUCCUUCCUUUCUAUUCAAGUGGCAGAGACGAUGCUGCAAUCUAGUCGCCUGCGCACACGUAACAUUUGUUGACGCAUAUGAAAAUUUGAAAACAGUGCCGCGACACCGUUUGUUUAUUUUCUACGAAUAAGUGCAACAUUAGCUGCCGGUAAACAGUGUCAUUCAUCAUGGGGCAGCGCUCGGAAGUAGCUACACCUGACAAUAGUGACGAGGAGAGCGGAGACGCUUUCACUGAUGGAGACUUUGGUGACUCCGAAGAAGAAACUAUCGUAGAACGCCAUACUGACGCUAAGCCUGCGCACAUGCCAAUCAACGAAACAGUGAAUGACGAUGUUCAGAACACUGCUGCUACUAAUGGGCACUCUAAUGGUGGCGUCGAUGAGCAGCUCCGAAUGAAUGGUCGUAAAAACAGUGAAGCUCACUCAAGUGAUGUGGACAGCCAAAGCUUAGUGUUAUCAGAUUUGCGCAGAGACUCUCACGGCGAACAAAAUCCUUCGAUCGUUGGCAUUCUCGGCGAUCAGCAGAACCAUGCGGAACAAAGGUUGGCGGCGCGGCGUGCGGCGCGGGCGGAGGCGCGCGAGAUACGCAUGCGCGAGCUGGAGCGCCAGCAGCGCGAACAAGAGGACCAUGCAGACAAAGCGUAUGAUAUGUAUGCCGGGAAGACACCAGAGUCAGUGGGUCGUCGCGGCGGCACGCGGCUGGCGUCCCUCAGCCCGGCCGUGCACUCGCCUCGCCGCAGCUCCGAGGACUCCAUGGAUGACGGGUUCAGCGUCAAAGAUCUUAGACACGAGUUGAAGGAAGUGGAGGAGAAGUUCCGUAAGGCGAUGAUCCUGAAUGCGCAGCUGGACAACGACAAGGCGGCGCUCGGGUACCAGCUCGAGCUGCUCAAGGACAGGAUAGAGGAGCUGCACGAGGAAUAUGCACAGUUACAGCGAGAGCACAGAGAGAAAUGCUCAUCAUUCGAGCGUUUGAAGCGGGAGCACGAGUCAGUGAGUCGCGAGCUGGGCGCGGCGCGCGACGCGGUCCGGGCGCGGGACGCGGCGGCCGCGGCCGCGGGCUUCGCCUUCGUGGACGCCGCCUCGCUGGACGCGGGCGCGCCCGGGGCCGCCGUCGGCGCCGUGCCCGCGCUGGCGCUGCUCACGCAGGCCGCGCAUCAACUCCUCGACACCGCCGGGGAGGGCACGCUCGACGUACGGUUGCAGAAGUUAUUGAGUUCGAAGCAGGCGCUGGAGUCCGAGGUCCGCAAGCUGAAGCUGCAGCUCAACGAGGAGCGUGCCGCCAGGCAGAACGGAGUCACCAACCAUCACGACCAGGAAUACGAGAAUGAACUGGAGACCGUGCGCAAGGCGGUGUCGGAGGCGAAGGGCCGCGCGGCGCGCGCCGAGGCGGAGGCCGCGCUGCAGGCCGCGCACGUCGCGCGCCUCGAGGCGCAGCUGGCCCGUCUGCGCGCGCGCCAGGACCACCAGGACGAGCACGAGGAACAACUCAAGCACGAGCGGCGCCGGCUGCAGCGAGAGGCUCGGGAGGCGCUCAACCGAGUUGAGGAGUUGGAGACUGAGAACAGCCACCUGACGAAGCGACUCGACAAGCUCAAGAACGCGAAGUCUGCCCUGCUGAAAGAUCUGUGACAGGGCUGAGGUCGGUGUGAGGACGGAAACUGCGCGCCGUGCAGGGACGACACGCUGCCAUGUAUGGACGUACAAGAAUAUCAAGCUGACUGAAGAAUUCAACAUGAAAAAUUACUAUUUGUAAAUGUAACUAACUACAUCUACAAAACUACUUUAUGUUAUGAGCAAUUGGAAAGUAAACAUAACACGAGGACCUGUUUCACAAUGUGUGAUUCAUUUUGUAAGAAAAAUACGUCAAAUUGUCAUUGCAGACACUUAUUCAGACAUUGUAAGACAGGCUCUAAAUAAUUAACACUGUCAACAUAAUAAUUUGAAGUUUUUUUUAUUAAUUAUAAUAAUUUAACAUGAUCAUUUCAACCUGUAUUAUGGUGAUCACAAAAUAAUUUGUUAUAAGUCCACAUGCAGUAUGUUUUUAUUUAAACACAUCUAAAAAUGUAUUGUGCGAGGAUUGUUAAGAUAUUAAUGAAUGUAGUGAAGUGAUAUGUGGCGUGUAUGUGAAUGUGUGUGAACUGUGCAGGAAUUCACGAUGUUUUUAUAAACAAAUAUUCAGUUAUAAAAACAUCGCGAAUUAGUCAGAGUGCCGGCAUUUCUACUGGAGAUGUAACCAUAAGUCAUUUAGAUGUAAGCUCGGCGAAGCUUAUGUCGUGUGUAAUAUACUUAUCAAUACUCUGUUCGCUCAGACGUGACAACCCUGUAGGCUCUGUUAUAGACUCCUGCAUCUAUAUGCAUUUCGGAUAGUUAGCUAAUAUUAUGUAAGAUAAUGUGACUGAAUGCAGGCGCUGUCUCGUCGGAACCAACAGCUGUGACUGCGUGCAACAUCUCUGUGAAUAACUUGUAAGCAACACGUGGCCGACAGAUACGAACACCACUACACAAAGAUGUUGUACCCAGACAAUACAAAUAAUACUGUGGUUGUAUUAUGUAUAACCAACAUAUAACUAUUGUAAAUCGCUUUCAUAAUACAAUAUUCCCUGUAAUAUAUGAGAUAAUAAUGUGUAUAAUUAAUGUUUUGUUUAAUUUUAAUGAA